AUGACGCCAACACCGUCUUUAAUAAGUUCACAAACUUCAUCUAAAACUGAUUUUAAACAACAACAACAACAAAAAUCUCAGCAAUCAUCAUCUUCCUUUAUCAUUUCAAAUAAUGCACCUCGCAGAAGAUCUGCAUCUGCAGCAUCGGCAUUAACACAAGCACAGCUACCGUUACCAUCUCCAUCACUAUCUCCAUCAAUGUCGUCGUCUCCGUCGUCGUCGUCGUCAUCAUCAUCAUCAUCUUCUUCUUCUUCUUCCGCUACUUUGCCGGCCUUGCAACCGGCAUUUUCUUCAGAGUUGUCAACAACACAUACUCAAUCAAAAGUAAAGGAACCCUCCCCGGCAUUAUCGGCACCACCCGCAAAAUUGCAGUCACCAUUCUCUCUACAAUUGCAACAGCAACAGCAACAGCAACAGCAACAACAACAGCAACAACAACAACAACUGCAACUGCAACUGCAACUGCAACACAAGCAAAAACCAGCGCCCACACUAUUACCUUCCCCGGCCAAGUCCGCAGCCUUACCUGCAAAGACUACCACUAAAACAAUUAAAACAACAACUAAACCUACUGCACAACAACCAAUACGCACAAUUCAACGUGCUACAACAAUCACACCCACUGUAAAGCCACAUCCUUCAACAAUUACCACACCACCACCACCUGCAACUAAACGCAGAUCCAGCUAUACUUCGGCCACGUCGUCUUCUUCUUUUUGUUCUCCUUCUUGUUCUUCUUCAUCAUCAUCAUCAUCAUCUUGUUCUUCUUCCUCUUCUUCAUCAUCAUCAUCAUCAUCGUCAUCGUCGUCUUCUUCAUCUUCUUCAUCUUCUUCCAGUUUACGACAAUCUAAUCUCUUAAACUCUCCUCUUUAUCAAAACUAUCACUUUCUUCAUAAUAACCACCACCAUGAAACUCUGCAUAAAAACAAAUUUCUAGCCGCAUCUUCAUCUAACCCACAUCCUAAAUUCCCCCCAAGAGACAACCACUUAGUUUCUCAUAAUACCACUACUCGUCCAAGAAGUUCUUCUUCUUCUGCUAUACCCCCAAGCAUAAUGUCUUCAAAUAGUAAACUAACUACUCCACAACAACCUCUGAAAUCACAAUAUCUGCGGCCAGCAACACCUCUCUCUUCAACCACCAAAACUUCUCCACUUAAAACAUCCCCUCCUAAAUCUCUUUCAAAACGUAUCGUUGGUCCUUUAAAAAGUCCAGUCCAAAAUCUUGCCGCAGCAGCUUCUGCUUCUUGCAAAAAGGCUUCCUCUCCCUUAUCAAUGUGUCAAACUCAAAAUCAAGAUGUUGCUGCCGAAAGUUUAUCUACAAACUCUCAAAAUAAGGUUGCUACUGCCGCUCAGCCGAAAAAACCUCCGUCAUUAAGAAAUGACCCUCAGUUUCUUUCUCCUCAUCAAAGAACUCACUCAUUAGCUGCAACUUCUUACUAUUUAAAUCAGCACUCCAGCAGCUCUUCUUUUUCCUCUUCCUCUUCCUCUUCCUCCUCUUCUUCUACUACACUGGGGAAAAAAAACCAUAGACGUCUUACUGUUAAUACCCGUACCUCUCCCAAAAAAGAAGGGUCAUCAAAUACUUCUAGAGAGUUUCUUGGAAGCAGCGGGAGCAAUAAAUCAGAUAAUAAUAACAGCAACAGUAGUAACAAUAAACCAAAUAGAAUUAGCAGUAGUAGCAUCAGCAGUAGUAUCAGCAGCAGAAGUAGCAGCAGCAGUAACGAAAGUUCCACCCUGACUGACCGCAGUUGCACCUCCUUUUCAGACGAAGAGGAAAACAAAAACGUUGCACAGCCGCACGAUCUGAGCCACGAAUUCCAAAAACAGUCUCACCAAGAAAGCACUGGCAAUCAUUAUAAUAACCAUAAUCAUCAUCAUCACCACCACCACCACAAGCGCCGUCAAAACAUGGCCGAAGACUCCCCCCCUUCUCCUUCAUCUCCUACUACUGUGGCCUCGGGGAGCUCACUCAGACAACUGUCAAGCUCUCCGACUUCCUCUCGUUCGCGUUCGCGCAGAAGCUCCAGAUCCCUAAAUACUCGAUCAUCUCCCUCUCGUUCUCUUCGCGAAUCCAUUUCCUCAGCAUCCAUUUCUUCUUACUUAAAAAAGAAAAAGGACCAUCAUCAUAAUCAUACAAAUGUCUUUACACACGCAUGGUCAUGGCGCAUAAUAUUUAUCGUCAGCAUAAUUUUACGCACUUAUUUCUCUCUCUCAAAUUCAUAUAUCCACCCAGAUGAACAUUUCCAAGGCCCAGAAUCCAUUGCAGAUAUAUUUUUUGGCUGGGCCACCAAAAAGUCUUGGGAAUUUUCCUCAGAGGCCCCUGCCAGAUCGUAUUUUGUUUCAUGGGUAGUUUAUGGCAUCCCCAUGUACUUUAUCGAACUUUUAUUUUCUUCACCUGCAUCUCCAUUUUACUCCCCACACUUAUCUCAGAAUCAAUUAUCUACGACUAUUUCCAACUCAUCUCUAGCUUCUGCAGCCGCAUCUUAUGCCUCGAGAUUGGACUCAAAAACAGUUGAUCCCAUUGCUGUCUUGAUUGGCUUGCGCUUAACUUUUAGUUUAGGUAACUGGGUUCUAAGUGAUAUGGCCAUUGAGCGGCUCACACAAAACUACGAACAUAAACUCACCGGCCUCUUUUUCUAUGCAACCUCAUAUGUUAGCUGGACCUACCAAUCUCACACGUUUUCAAACUCAGUAGAAACUGUUUUGCUGCUUUGGUGUUUGGUCAUCAUUUACGAGUUUGAAACCACCCGUUCAAACUUUUGCACACGUGUAUGGGACAGCUUCUUACUUGGAACUCUUGUUGCCUUUGGAAUUUUUAACAGAAUCACCUUCCCAGCCUUUUUGUUGAUUCCUGCAUGCAGACUUAUUCCCUUUUUCUUUAAAAAUCCCGUCUCUCUCUUGACCACUGUCACUGCAUUUUGCAUGACAGCUUGCUUGGCAAUUUACUUUGACACAAUCUGUUUUUCCUUUUAUGAUUCAGGGUCUGCUUCCUUUGCCCAAUACCCAUCCUCAGUGAUGCGUGCGGCGGCUGCAGACUUCCCACAAGCUUAUUUCCAUUGGCUUUUCCACGAUCAUGGACCAAGCUCCGUUUUGUCCACUAUCCUUGGCUACUUUUCAAAAUCAUCUUGCAAAACAAAAUCCAGUUUUGUAAUCACACCCCUUAAUAAUUUGCUAUACAAUCUUAAUAGCGAUAACCUGGCCCUCCAUGGCAUUCAUUUUCAGUUCCAACAUCUCUUUGUCAAUAUUCCUGAGCUUUUGGGACCUGCCGUUAUUUUACUUUUUAGCACUCGAUACUUUCAUUCUAUCCCCUUUCAAUCUGCAAUUUCCGGGCUAGUUAUUCUUUCUUUAGUUAAACAUCAAGAAGUCCGGUUUUUAUUACCAAUUAUUCCACUUCUCUUUUGCUGUCUUGACUUUAGCAUUUUGCCUAAACGGUUCCGCCGUAUUUUCUUUUGCAUUUGGGUCAUUUUUAAUGUCUUUAUGGGUUCUUUAAUGGGUAUUUUCCACCAAGGUGGCAUCAUUUCCGCGCAAACCCAUUUAUCACACCUCACUGAUCCACAACACUCAUUUUCUAUAAAUAACACUUUACUCUCAUUUGACCAAAUUCCAGAAAACUUUACUACUACGAAUUUUAACGACGCCAAGGUCGUCACAGAGUAUGUUGUUCUUUGGUGGAAAACAUACUCACCACCAAUCUGGAUGCUCGGGAAACCUUCAAAAACAGUGGAUGUGAUAGAUCCAGAUGAAAGAGUCCCUGGUGGCGGCGAAAAUUGGGAUCGAUAUACCCCAGUCUUUAACUAUCUGGACUCUCUCCAAUCCUUAGAGCCGUCCUCUGAUAAUACACCAUCAAAAACCAGUGCAAUGCACUCUAAACCAGCAUCUUCAUAUGAAGGUGCCCAUGUCAGUAUAGCGAUUUCAGUGGAAACUGAAAACCCGCAAAUUGAUAUCUCUGAGCCUUUAACAGUUCCAGAUAUGAAACUCUUGCUCUCGCUCAUGCUUUUUGCUCAACCACCGCAUAUUACUGUGGUAGAUAUGAUGGGUGCUGAACGCCAGCUCAUGCGUGAAACAUUGACUCGUUUAGCGCAUUCACCAAAUCCUGCACCGUUUUCAAUCUCGAGCAAAAAGUUAUCACUUGCCGACGACGAUAAGACUAAAUUACAGGUGGAACAAGCAUUAGGCGGCGGAAACAGCAACAGCUACAGCAACAGCAACAGCAGCAGUAGCAGCAGCAGCAGCAGCAGCGGCAGCGCUAAGACUAAGUACAUUACAGCACAGCGUAAAGUAUACUUGGUUGCCCCACUAGCCAUCAUUUCAUUACAUGCAGAAGACCAAGUACUCAAUAAUACGGAGUAUGAGUUGGAGCGUGUAUGGGAGACUAGAAAGCAUUUAUCGUUGGAUGACAUUGAUUUAAGCAAUUUGCAGAGUUUGAUUCCUGGGCUUGGAAUUUACGAAAUGAAACUGAAACGAUAA